UACUGAAAUGCAGGACCGACUGCAGGGUGCAACGACUGAGGGGCCAUUUGAGAUUGGCAAGGGGAGCAACACUUUCUAGUGUUCGAUUGCUCAUAACAGGGGAACCAGGUCGAAAGUAAUACUUCUUAAUUUUCAAUUUACAAGCAGAUCAUCCUCUGUCAAAUACAGUUCCGUUUACAGAACAAGAAACACAAAUGUAAUGUAUAAAUAUAAUGUCUCUAUUGUAGCUUGGAAACAUUUAGUGAGAUUUCAGAAGUGAUACAUUCAAGGCUAAACUAACACUGUUCCACCGGUCCAAGUUCAAUCUAAACUGGUGGAUUUCUCUUUGCUACAUAUCCUGGCUUUAGGUAGCAUUACAGUGUUAUGGUUUGCUUAACAGUGGUUCUCUGUUCUUUGUCAGGCUCAUUAUGUCCGUCUUUCAGCCAAGCACAUCCAAAAGCCUGACAUCAACUCCUCUGAAAAGUAAAGACAUAGGUGUUUACCGGAGCAGAAGUGUGGAUAAUGACUCCCCAGAGGAUUCCACCUACUCCUUGUUGUCACCAAUUUACCAUGAAAGUUUUGAGGGCUCAGAUGAUGACCUGGACGUGGAACAGCUGCAGCAGGGGCUGAACAACUUGCGUGCUUUUCCUGAUGAGAUCAAACACACUAUUCCGCAUAGGCAUGGAAAAUCGCACAUCCAAAGGAAAGUGGCAGAAGUAAAGCUCGAUAAAUCCUCUGUUUCGCUGCAAAACCUCAGUGCCUGGGAACAGUGGCUGGUCACCAAAGCAAAAGAAGAACGUCUCAAAGUAGAGCAGAAAGCUCUCGAGGAGCUCACUCUUAAAGAGAAACAGGAGCUGGUGGAAAGGCAGAAGGUGCAAAAGAGAAAACAGACAGAGGGCAAAAUACAGGAUUGGCUUAAAAUGAAAAGAGAACUGGAAAGACAAGAAAAGGAGUGCAAGGAACGUCAAAAACAAGAAGAAGUAGAACGCGAAAAGCAGAAGCAGAGAGAAAUUGAACUAAAAGCACAAGAGAAGUACAAGGAAUGGUUACUAAAAAAGAAACAAGAGGAAAAUGAGAGAAAGGAAAGAGAAAAGGAAGAGGCAGCGCUCAAAGAGGCAGAAGAGAUGGAGCGAAGGAGGAGAGCAGAGGAGAAGUUCCAGGAUUGGCUGAGGACGCAGAACAAGAAUCGGCCCAAGCGCAACACACCCUGCCCUCAAGGCUUUGACCACCUGAACUACCCAUCUCCUAGUUUCUAUAACCCCGUUCCUUGGAAGCCCAUUCACGUUCCCCCUCCAGAGAAGCCUCCCCAGAAGAAAACGUCACGCCGCAAACUGCGGGGGCUGCCUAAACACCACUCAACGCCAUGUCUGACGUUCAGGCCUAAAGACACUCUGAGCUUUGCCUGCAAGAGGCGAUGACCCAAAAUGAGUGUUUCUCCUCCACGAGGCUGCUCUCUAGUGGUUCAGAGAAGAACUCUGACUUUCACAGGAACCACCCUUGAAGGUGCAGUGUGACUAGGGGUUUGGGCAGAAUUGUGAACAG